UUUUUGAGAUGGACAUACCUUGGAGGGUUAAUGUUGACUUAUCAAACAUGCAUCAUGGGCUUCCUUGUCCUGAUGGUGACGUUUUUGGGCUUAUUUAACGUCCAGACACCGUCCUAGGUAACCCUAACAAGGUACAGUGGGAGGAGUCCAGGGAAACAUGUGUAAGAGCAGUCAUGACGUUGCAAAGUUAAGGUCGUGCAUGGAAGGUACAUGGAAGGAGAACUGUUUGCACAGAUGACCCUCUUAAUAACAUAGUGUCAGGGGAGAUAAAGCAGCACAAAUAUGAUUCGACAUCAGUAAAAAUGGCAGCGAAUAAGUAUCCUCCUGAUAGCAGAGAUAUGCAUGCAGCAGAUGGUUGGCUGAGCGAUUAGCGAAGCCUAUUCUCCGUCUUGUCGGAAAAAACUUUUUCUGUUUGUCUGUCUGCACGUCUGUCCGCACGAUAACUCGAAAAGGAAUUGAGCCAGCGACCUGGGAUUUUCAGGGUCGUAUUGUGUUAUAACAAGACAGAUCGAGUUCGAAGAUGAGCACUCAGGUUCGAAAAAUGGAUUUAAAAAAAAACAAAACUAACAAAUCCCAAAAAUUACAAUUUUUUUCUUUUUCUUUUAUGGUUCCCUAGGGGGUCACUCGUAAGAGUAGAGCCCAAUGGGCGACACUUUCAGCCGUUUUACUCUAGCUCCAACCGUUAAAGCGCUAGAGGGUAUUUUUGACGAAAGCGAAAAAAUGUACAACCCUGCAUGCUCAGUCCAAGUGACGGGCCGUUGAGCCGGAGGCCCGUAUCUUUUGAACAUUUUUGCUCUACCCUACUCGGGUGUAAGCGCCGCAGGCCAAGGUAGAUGCAUGCCAGGCGUGUCGCAGCGUAACAGUGUUUCGUGAGAUAUCGCGAAGCCUGUUACGCGAGACGUGGUCUGGCGUACAUCUACCCUAUCACUGGAUUAAUAGGCUUCGCUAAUCGCUCAGCCAACAACCUGUCCCGCUCCGGGCAGAACAACAAAAGCGCCAGAAGUAGUGUAAGAAAUUCGUCAUUGCAAAAGAUCUGCGGAUGGCACAGGGCUUUGCAGACCACGUCACCAGGAAGUACGGCGGCCGAGAAGACCUUCAAGAGCAGCACCUAAGUGUCGGUGACAUCGGCGUGUUAGAGAAGAACGCUACGAGGGACAGGGCUUUACUCACCAUCUUUACUGAAAUGAGCCGAGCCCUUUCAUCCAGGGAGGACUUCACUCGCACCCUGGAGCAGCUAGCUGCAGUCUGUGCUUCUCUGGGUAUCAGGGCGCUAGCCGGCCGGGCCACUUCAUCGGUUUGGGGGGAAAUGGAUCGCCGAAGGAGUUUGUGCUCCGGGUUACGUCGGAUCUUUGCUGGCACGUCCGUCUCUGUCACGAUUUGGAUGCCACCACGGCCCGUCGCAUCAUAACCAGCAAACUCUGUGCUACGGACAGUAACCCUCGUAGGAGAUUCAAAUUUCCUGAGUGUUAGGAGCCCCGAAGCAGACUCGCUGUGGAUAUGUACACAUUACAGUCCGGGGCGACACUCUAGGACGUGAAGCUGGCGCAACAUCCUCCGCAAUCAGCCGUAUGCACCAUGGCGGGGACGAAUGACCUUUUCAAGUUAAAGUAACUUUACCGCGAGACGGGAGAGAAGGGGAGUGUCUCCAGGAAUUUCGCAAGAAACGCCAUUCGUGGUCGUCUGUGGAGUCUAAUGAACGGCUCCGACAUUGCCUGGCCCCGUCACGUUCUUGACGAUUCCACCACACAGUGCCAUUCCUGCAAAAACCCCAAUACUGCAGGGGCAGUUUAAUCACCCACUUGCAGGUGUUGGCAGGCGAGCGUUUCAGUGUCCUAGACGGUCACAAGGCACUUCCAGCAAAGAGUGACACCAGGAGAGAAGACGGUGUGCACCGUACCACAUCCGGCUGCAGUGUAAUAAGCUCACUCAUUAAGACAAUUUAAGAAUCUACGUCAGUUAGGGAGGCUUUAAACAAAGACAAACGAUUAUUUUUUUAAACUUUAUAACAAACAGAUAAAAAAAGACCGUUUCAGUUUAGAUGAUUAGAAGAAAAGAAAAACAAACCUACUGCCAUCUAAUAACCCCCGAACUUCCGUCCCUAUUCGCCCCGCGCCUGUUAAAGGUUUCAGUUUUCAUUUUCUUGUUCUCGUCACCGAAACCUAAAGGGUCUUUUGGAAUUUUCUGCUUUUCUUUGUCAAAAAAAAAGGUAGACGUGCCGCGUAACAAGUCGGUAAAACUGUUAUGCUGAAGAAUGCGUGGAAGACGAAAACGGACUGAUGUCGGUUUUCUUGUUUAAUGCAGUCUUUAGCGCUCUACUGCUUUAUUGAGCGUCGCACCGCAUGUAGAAGAAGAAAGUAAAGAAUAAAAAUGCGCCGGAACCCGUUCUGACUGAAACAAAUGAAGUAGACCAUUUCGGUUGAGGGUAAGAAAAGAAAAACAUAGGCACAAUAAAAGAAUAGACCAUUCCGGUAAAGCGAAAAGAAAGAAGAACAGACGAAAGAAGCAAAGGCAAGUAUGAGAAAAAUACGGUGGUGCGUCGGUUCCACGGUCGUAUCAAACGGUUAAACGUGACUUGUCUGAUGUCGAAAUUCGUCUGAGAGUUAAUGACAAUAGUUCUCACUCUAAGGCGACGCAGAAUAUCUAGUUUACGAUGGAUUACGUUCAAGCGGUCCCAAGGCGCACCGUACAUUUCUCAUAGAACGCUUUGCUUCUUCCGUCUCUUCUUCUUUCUUUUCGGUUUACCGGAAUGGUCUAUUUAUGUUCCUAGCUCAAACCGUUCUCGAUUUAUCGUGAUGACAGAAAAACGAACACACAGACAGAUUCGAAACUUUUUGAUCUUCAUUAGAGUAAUAGGCUUCGCUGAUCGCUCAGCCAAUAAUAUACUAGGUAGAUGUACGCCAGACCACGUCUCGCGUAACAGGCUUCGCGAUAUCUCACGAAACACUGUUACGCUGCGACGCGCGAGGCCUGCGGCGCUGACACCCGAGACGAGUUAAUAGAAGGGUAUUCGGGAACAGGGCCUUCCGGCCCCAAAAUUUGACAUACUCACAGCAUUUGUUGGAGGAGAUUACUCGAAAAUUAAGGACAUGAAACAUGAAACUUCUGCUGUUCUGUAACGGUUUUUCAUUAAAGGUUCGAAUUUUGACAGAUUGUUAUGUAAAAACAACGUUUUAGUGAUACUAGAUAAUCUAGGGACCCUUGAGCCAAGAGGAGGGUGUGAUUCGACGUCAAGUGUUUGGUUUUAGUAUUACGUCCUGCGAAACUUUUCAAUAUACGGCCGUUUAUACGACAUGAGCCCAUUCAGUCGUUUUCACUAUAUUUUUGCCACGAAAUGCCUCCCAAAGCCAUCUUCGAACUCGAUGUGUCUUUUUAGCCCGCCCUUCUGCUUUGAAAAAGCUAUCCAGCGGGCUUAUGCAAACGACCUCGUGUCUGUGUGUCUGUCUGUUCCACAAGAAGGAGAUGUGCUAGAGACUUCAAAUUUUCAGGGGAUCUCCAGGUUCACUCCCACAAAACCAAACGCCUACGGCAAAUCCUGCCAGCCAACCCUCAGGGGCUGAAAGGGGGAAUCGAAGAAAACAGGCCAAAAAAGUUGGAAUUUUUUUUGUUUUGUUAUGAUCUUGUAAGGGGUACCUCGUGAAAGUAGAGCCCUAUGGGCGAAAAUUUCGUCCGUUUUGCUCUAUCUCUAACCGUUUACGCGCUAGAGGGUCUUUUUAGACGAAAAUAAGCUUAAGAUUGCCAUAGUGAACAAUAAGAUGUAGAAAAAAGCCUAAAAAUCGCAAAGUAGAAAGGAAACUCUCCCCCCACCCCCAAGAAACGUUUUCUAAGCAGAAGGGUGGGUUGUAGUCGAGGUGCUUAGAUGACGAGUUGAGGGCCGAAGGCCCGCUACAUUAUUUGAUUAUGCUUUUUAGAAAACUGCGUAAAUGAAACGGUCGGGCCGCAGGCCCGAGUGUCGCCGCCGGCAGGCCAAGCAGGCCCGGCCCCUGCCGAACGGAGUUGCCGGCGCAGCGAAGCGGAGCUGGCAACUCCGUUUGACGGAAGGGCGGGCCUGCUUGUUAAGAUACAAAACGACCCUGAAAUUCCCAGAUCGCUAUCUCAGUUAAUUCUCGAGUUAUCGUGCGGACAGACAAACACACACACACACACACACACACAAGCAGAAUGAAACUUUUUCGGUCAGUGGAGUUAUGGGCUUCGCUAAUCGCUCAGCCUAUUCUCCCACUCUUCUGCUUUUGAUCCGACGGCAUACUUCUCAGACAGAAGUGCACUCCUGAAAAAAAAAAUUCUGUUAUGCCCAUUUUGGUAAGAAAAACUCCUUUUUGUGAGUAAGCAGUGAAAGCCAAACGGACGACAUUUUAGCCCAGAGGGUUCUUCUUUCACGGUAUACCCCUUCGGAGACCAUCAAAUAUUUUCUCUAAAUAAUAUAUGUACUGUUGGGCGACUUUUGUGAGAGAAACUCCCUCUAACGUCUCAACGGUGAGAGCUGGAGCCAAAUGGACGAAAUUUUAGCCAAGGAGCUCUACUUACAUGAUUUACCCGUAGGGAGAACAUCAAAUAUUUUCUAAAACUAGUAUUUUUAAUUUUGGGACACUUUUGUGUGAGAAACUUCCUCCAGUGCCUAAACGGUGAAAGAUUGAGUCAAACGGACGAAAAUUUAGUCCUGAGGACUCUACUUCUACGAGUUACCUCUUAGGAGACCAUACAAAAAUAUUGUUUUCCCACUUCUUGGACCAACCCCUAUUUCAGACCCACUCAGGGGUGGUUGCCAGGAUUUGCACCACCCGUUACGUUGUCCGGAAGUAACAUCCAUCUUACCCUGAAAAAUUCAGACCUCUAGCUCGCGUCCUCGUUGGGAAACAGACAGACACGGGGGCGAUGGCAUAAGCCCGCUAGCACUGAGGAGGUGGCGUGGCGCCGUCCAUAAACAAAGCAGAACGCCGGCGACCAUUCUCAUACUGUGUUUUGUCGCAAGUGAAUGUGUGAUUGGCUGAGCGAUUAGCGAAGCCCAUAACUCCACUUUCGUCCGUUUUGCUCUAUCUUGUACCGUUUUGGCGCUAUGGCUCAUUUCUUGGCGCAAACAACGUGAAAAAGACAAAAUGGUCUGAUAAAUCGUAAAAAAGGCUGCAUGUCACAGAAUAGGGUAUUCCGCUGCAAGCCAACCGGAACCUAAAGAAGAAAAGCAUGCCUGCCCGAUCUGUUUCCUCCUGAACACUGAUUGGUCAACGAUGACCUUGGUGUGCCGGCCAGCCAAUGAGCGCGCGGAGGGAAGCAGAUGGAGCAGUCAUGCUUUCCUUCUUCAGAUUCCGGUUUGCUUGCCGCGGAAUACCCUAUUGGAAAGGGAACAAUCCUUAAACCACACAUUAAGGGUCGAACCACACCCUCUUUUGGGCUUACGGGUCUCUAGAUUAUCUAGUAUCACUAAAACGUUGAUUUUUACACAACAAUCUGUCAAAAUUCGAACGUUAAAUGAAAACCGUUAUCAAACAGCACAAGUUUCAUGUCCCUAAUUUUAGAGUUAUACGACCCCGACAAACGGCUCGAGUAUGUUAAAUUUUGGGCCCGGAAGGCACUGUACCCCUAUACCAUUUGUUUGUUUCGGGUGUCAGCGCCGCAGGCCUAGCUAUAUGUGCGCUAGGCGCGUCGCAGCGUAGCAGUGUUUCGUGAGAUAUCGCGAAGCCUGUUACGCGAGACGUGGUCUGGCGUACACAUAGCUGGUAAUAAAUCAAGUUUUGAAGAAUAGACCAUUCCACCGACUGUGGAAGAAAGAAAAGAAUCAAAAAGCACCGGAAACAAUAUUAAUAAAAAGAUCAAAUCGUUCACUUUUUCUAGUUUUCUUGACCAAGAUAAUUAUUCUGGACUUGUUGGUGUGCCACAGAGGUGUUUACAAAUGAUCUACAUACUGGUUUUCGGUACUGGAUCCGGUACUUUUUGAUUCUUUUCUUUCUUCUUCCCCACUCGGUGGAAUGGUCUAUUUGUAAAGAUAACUUGGGUCCUCACUAGACCGGCGUAACAAUUUUGUGUCAAACGCAACAGUAAGUUUAUACAAUCUUCAAAACCGCCCCGUUGUCGUUGUUAGUGUACCAAGGUGCUACAUGCAUAGGCCCGUUCUAAACUGUUUCAAAUAAAGCAUUCCGGUAAAGCGGAACAGCAGAGGAAUGCGAGGAACAAGAAAAUGGAAGUUACCGUGUUAAAGCAUAGCGAUUUCCGUUUUCUUCUUCCCCGACUUCUUCUGCAUUUCAGCUUUACCGGAUUGCUUUAUUUAACGACACGCACCCUAACCUCUACUAGACUGUCGCUCAUCUUCCGCUUUGUUUGGAGACGGCGUUGCGCCACGCUACCUCCUCAGUGCUACCUUCUUCUUGUUCCUCUUAUCGGGCAACUUCCUCACACGCAAGGAGUCAUAGGCUUCGCUCUCGCUCAGCCAUUUGUCUUGUUCUCGCGCCAAACAGUUAAAGGUAGCGACAGGGCAAGUCGAACACUCAUUUGUAACUGUUGAACUAGGAAAAUGUCUCGUUUGAUGGUGCUAUGUUAAUUACCCCCUCAGCUCCACUCCGCUACCGCAUUUAUAGACUCCAUUAUUCCCAUCAACGAGGUCUAGAUCGAGGAGGCAGAAUACGCCUCAUUACUGGUGAUUAUGUGACUAAUAAUACAAAAGUGUGCCAACUUCGAUUUUUUUCGUUGCUGUGAUUAAUGGGCGGCCUCCCGAUCAAUGUGCGGCAGCGUUCUGCGGUGAAGUCGUCACACUGUGCAGCUCCUUCGAGGAUGCGACUCUACGUAUAUCUCUCUUGGAUGUGCCUGGGAGAAGGGCCGUUGCAGCGAUUUGUGCUCAGAAUAUUUAAGAGCAGGCUGACGCAGCUCUUCCUUGGACUGCCCGCGAGUGGAACCAUCGCCACAGCGGUGGAGCAGACCUCUUCCUUGCAAACUGCUACGAGGCCAAUUUCCAUCCUGGGAUCCUGCUACUCCGCGUUCGCAUCUCUCGCGAUGAUGCGACGAGAGCGUUUCUGGAACAUGAUGCACGACAUGAAGAGCCUUGUUCAAAUAAUGGAGGCCGCCCCGGGAGAGCAGGCUUGGGUGGCUGGCACGCGCAAAAGCAUUUUAAGGUUCGCUGCCGGGAACCUGAUGCUGUGGCUGGCUACCGUUGGCAGCGCGCUGGUUGGUGCGGUGCUGCACCCUGAGCGCGUGGUUCCGUCGUGGCCGUUCGUUCCACUCGCCGGGACCUUGGGCUUUUACAUUGCUCGCCUGAGCUACAUAGUAAGCGUCUUCGUGAUCACUGUGCCCAUCGGCUUUGUGGUGACCUCCUUGGGCUGCGUGACCGCCACUGCGACCGGACUGCACCACGGCCUGGCGCAGAGCCUCGACACGGCCACGAGCCCGGAGAAGGUCCGGGACGUCGUCAAGGUUCACCAGCAGCUGCGCCAUAUAACUGUGGACCUUACAGAUUUGUGUGCUGACAACUUGGGGCACAUCUUGGUCAGCUCUUUCUGUCAUUCGCUUAUCGCUAUUCUUCAGGUGUUGGCGAACGACACGACCAGCUUCACAUUCGCUCAACUGCUUCGCGUUGUGAUAGUCUUCCUGCAGCUGUCGCACCUCAGCCAGGAGCUUUCGGACGCUAGCCUGGUCUUACAGACGGCCGCCUACCAGGCCGCCUCUGGAGGCUCCGUUAGUCUGUCGGAGGCCCGCGCCCUCCAUCUGGCCAUGCUGACCUCCAGCAGGCAGCCAGCUCUGACCUGCAAGGGACUGGGCCGGCUCAGCCUCGCCAACGCGGGGAAGGCCUUCAACCACUUAUACUCGGUCGUCAACAUGCUGGGCCCGAAGGUCCGAGGGCCCUAGAAACUUUGCUCUGGGUGACUUCUGCUAUGAACUACUUUUAAGAGGAGUCAACGUAGUCUAAAAUUGCGCGAGUCGUGGACCCGCUUUCUGUAAAAAGCUGACAAAGCAUAAAAACACUGUUUCUUAGUUAACGCAGGAAAAGAUGAGCGUUUUAGUUGUUAUGCGGGUCGGACUGUGUACAAUAGAUCUAUCAAAGCCGCCACGGUAACGGAACUAACCGUUGACCCCUCGCUCGGUUCGGGGGGUAACCGAACCCAAGGGUGAGACUGAGGUGCCCUAAACAACCCAAACCCAACCCUUACAAGCUGCUAACCUAAUCCACGGAAAAAAAAGUUGUCGAGGUUUAAUCCUCAUUUUUCAAAGAACCUCGACAUGAAUUUUGGUCGUAGUCCGAGCUCCGUUUGGUUUGCCUGGGCGCCGGUCAGCCAGACGUCUCGAUCGUGUAGGGCCGGCCCUCCAAGAUAGAUGGGCGCGCUCAAAAACGGCCCCAUCGAAAAGUGCCGUGAGCUCAGCGGCGCUUGGUCGCACGAACUUCGACCUCGACCAAAAUCAACUACAAGGUGUAUCCUUUCAUUUGGGGCACGAACCUAUUCGCCCUUUUAGACAGUCCCCAAGACUGUCUCUAUCAGAAGAAGAAUACGUGCCCCACCACCUCUCGUAGCUUCAUAUCUAGAACAGGGCAGCAGGGACUCGGAUGUGUGUGUGGUGUGGCGACCGAUGCGCUCAGCUCCGCCCCCCCCCCUUUCUCCAUCCUCUCGCUCGGCUUGGCGAUCGGCCACGCCUACUCUGGGAGCUCUGUGGCCUGUUCGAGGGGGCAGUCUCUUUUUCACCUUGUGGGCUAUUUUUAGCAGAUCCAGUAUCACGGCUUGUACAACAGCUUAAUUGGUCGCGUUCACGGUAGUCACCAAUGACGUCAUUGCCCUGAGGAGCAGGAUAAGCUGGGUAGCGUUAACGAAUGUCACCAAUGACCACAUUGUGAUCACCAACCUGCAUGGCCUAGUAUUGUCAACAAUACUGGGCCAUUGCCCUAUUAAAGUAUUGUUAUUACUGGGAGGAGCGGGGUAAGAUUAGCAGCGUUGACGGUGGUCACCAAUGACCACAUUGUGGUCACCAGCCAGCAUGACCCAGUACCACAAUGUGGUCAUUGUGGCUAGUGACAAUGCUGGGUCAUGCUGAGAUGGGUAGCGUUCCUCGCCGUCCACAAUGACAAACAUUGUGGUCAUCAGCCGGACCUACUUUAAAUGUUAAUUUUAAUUCCUAGAAAUACUUUGACCAUGUUAAUGACUGAAACGUAAAUUCAUAGAACGAUAAGGCCGUAUCAUCUGCUUCCACGUUAGCGCGAGCUUGAGUCUUUUUUCAAAACGGCCUACGCAAGGAUGCAGGGGUGAAAAAGCGUCACCUCAAAGACACAACUUUGACCCCUCCAUUCCAGAGAGGUCGAAGGUCUGCCGAUAGGUCGAAAUGGACCCUGCAGCAAGUCUUAGGAUAUCUAUCUUAAAAUAAGUAUUCCUUUUUAGGGACUCCACCCCUACGCGAAAUAAAUCGUACAAUUCUAGUGCGCUCCCGGUUUACAAGUUGUUCGCGCAGGUACGUCGUAGGUUGGCGUUUGGUUUGUUGAGUUUGCGCCCGAGAACCGAAAACCGAAGUUUAAGAGCGAGAAACUGCGACCGCGCCAUUUUUUGGCUUGCACUAUUGUUUGCCUCUUUUCAAUGAAUGGCCGUCUAGUCGAAAUAAAACAGUGGCCUCUUCAGAUUUAUUGCUCGAUACUGCAAGUUUGCAUACUAAAAGUAAUAUUGUAAAAAUAAUUGCCUGAAAUAUAUUUGAUUAGUGCGAUAUGCCGAGGGCACCUACUGGGAAAAUUAGACAUUUCCAGGAAGUCUCCGGGGACUCUUCCAACUCCCCUCGGAAAGGGCAAAAACUCCUGGGAUUCCCAGGGCUUGUUUUUAUGGUGAGAAGACACCUAGGGUUAGUAUUUUUCUUUAUUAGGUCCUGCAGCACACGAUUGGUACUGAAAUAAAAUUUAUUUUCCUUUAACAUUUUAGAAGACUGCGAAGACUACUUUGAUAGAAAUUUCGACCCUAAUACAGUGACAGGCAGUAAAAACGGGGGAACCGAAGGGAAACAAGAAAAAGCAGAUGGGACUUAUGAAUGUUGAUGAUUUUUGUGGAAACUAACACAAUUUUUUGACGUUGCAGGACAAUGUUGAAGUCCAGAAAAAUCGCCAAUAGGGGACAGUGCGAGGGGUCCACCACUUGGAAGAAUCGCUGUACACUUUCCAAAAGAAUCACAUUUCCAAUCAUUUCGAAUCAUUUACAAUAACUUUCAAUCAUUACAAUCUUUUCAAUCUUUCCAAUCAUUUUGAAUCUUUUUGAAUCAUUUACAAUCAUUUUGAAUCAUUUUCAAUCACUUUGAAUCACUUUCCAAUCACUUUAAAUCAUUUUCCAAUCACUUUAAAUCACUAUGAAUCAUUUACAAUCAUUUUGAAUCAAUUUAAAAAGUUGAUAUUCCUAUCAAUCAUCACGUUCAAUCAUCACUUUCAACCACAUUAAAUCACACAAAUCCUGAAUAAUGCGUUACACGGGUUGAGCCCUUAGUCGUUUUAAAUCAUUUUUACCUCAAUUCAAAUCAUUUUGAAUCAAUUUAAAUCAUAAUGAAUCAAUUCCAACCAUUUUGAAUCAAUUCCAAUCAUUUUGAAUCAAUUCCAAUCACUUUAAAUCCCUUUCAAUCACUUUACAAUCAUUAAAUUGUUUUGAAAUCUUUCAACCAUUUUACAAUCUUUCAAUCAUUUUACAAUCUUUCAAUCAUUUUGCAAUCAUCACAAUCAUUUGCAAUCAGUUUUGAUUGCAAUCACUGUACGAAUUUUUUAGGAGUGGUGGACCCCUCGGGACAGUGACAAAAAUAGUCACUUACUCUUAAGAGAUGCGGCUAUCGCGUGACGAGAGCGUUUUUCGACAUUUCACUUCUUAAUUACCGAAAAUGGGCAAAAUGUGUUCAAAUUUUGACCUAAUUUUUUAAACCAGAACUUUGACAUUUUU